AGGUAUAACCUCAGGAAGUGUAAAGGAGUAGAAUUAUGGCAUAGGUGUAUUCAGUAUUGCAUUUUCUAAUUGAGAAUAAGGAAAAUGAAAAACUCAACGAUGUAAAACAAAGUUUUUUUUCGUAAAUAACGACUUUUUAUUUUUAUUUUUUGCCUAAUCUAGUAUCUUCGGAAAUAAAAAAGUAUUUUAGAACGGUCUGGAUGCAAGUAGUUAUUUUUUAAAUUAAUUAAUUGAAACAGUUAAAAUAAACAAUGGGAGUUGAAGGACAGCCCUUUUUAGUUCAGGCCAUUUAUUCUUUUAAAGGGCAGAAUAAUGAUGAGCUAUGUUUCAAGAAAGGCGAUAUAAUAACAGUAACACAGGAAGAGGAGGGUGGAUGGUGGGAAGGUACUUUGGGCGAAAAGACCGGCUGGUUUCCUUCAAAUUACGUCAAGGAGUACAUCGUUCAAACUGAUAAUUUAAGUCCUUUGAAAACAUCGAAUGAUAUAACUGUUCAACAAAGGGCAUACAGGACAGUGGUGAUUAAAGAUUUGGUCGAUUCGGAACGCUCAUUUAUAAGUGAUUUGCAACAGUUAAUUAGCUCAAUUUUGUUUCCUCUAGAAAAAGCUCAUGUUUUGUCAAAAGAAGAAUUCAAUGAAGUUAUUGGUAAUUUAAAAGAAGUAGUCAGCCUUCAUGAAACACUGUUGUGCAAUGUGGAAACAGCGUUGGUGAAAUCUCCCAAUGAACAACGUGUCGGAAAGGUGAUGCUUUUGAUGGCUCCCAGAUUCAAACAGACCCACCAAACUUACUGUAAUGGUCAUCCAUCAGCAGCUUUUGUUAUAAAUAAACACAAAGACAAGUUGAGUGCUUACUUGCAACAACUCGGAGAAAACGGCCAGCAAUCAAGCAUACUAGUUCUAACAUCCGGGCUCAGCAAACCUUUCAGACGCCUCGAACGCUAUAGCAAUCACCUUCAGGAGUUAGAGAGACACUUGGAAGAGAGCCAUCCUGACCGUGGUGAUACUCAAAGGGCUGCAGCUGUCUUCAAAGAGAUCGCUGUUUCAUGUUCUCUAAUACGCCGACAAAAAGAAAUGGAGCUGGAUAUAACAACAGGUGGAGUUAGAGGCUGGGAAGGGCAGGAUAUUGCAAAACUGGGUAGUAUAAUUCAUAUGGGAUCAGUCGCUGUUGGUCCAGACCACAAAGAUAGAUAUCUUGUACUGUUCCCAACAACUCUUUUGAUGUUAAGUACAAGCCACAGAAUGAGUGCGUUUAUUUAUGAAGGAAAACUUCCGCUAACUGGCAUAAAAGUAAACAAACUGGAAGAUACGGAAAAUUACAAAAACGCUUUCGAAAUCGUUGGUAAGGGAGUGUCGGUCUUUGGUUGUCUCAUCGAAAGGAUCCUUGCUAUUUGCCAAACAAAAGAAGAUCAGCAGAAAUGGGUUGAGCUUAUCACAAAACAGUGCGAGGUCAUUGGUGCCAAAUCGUCUCAUAUUCAACGAGCUUCAGAGAUUGUGGUCGAUGCCAAUUUGGAAGGUCCUUGGUCAAUAAGUUGUCUUCGUCCAUCUGCACCCUGUAGGUCCAGUCUUUUAAAAAGUGACAAACCUCCGCCUAAAAGUGAAAAAAGUUUCGAGGAGGACGCAGAGAUUCUAAGAGUCAUAGAGUCUUAUUGUACAACUGCUAAUUCACGAUUUACUCUCAAUUCAGACAUUCUGGAUGGAAAUUUCAAACCGCUUGUCGAGAAGAACAACAUGGGAAAUUCAGAGGAUUUGUCUGGUACGGUUACUGAACUUCGAGAGCAGAUACAACUCAUUCAAAACGAGCUCCACACACUUCGUGGUGACGUUAGGGAUGAGAAAAGUGCAAGGGAGCAACUACAGGCAUUGCUCAACACCAAAGUCAACAGUGUUAAAUCUGUAAACGAAUUAGUUAUUACAGAAUAGUUGCUAUUAUACUGUUUAGUUUUUCAUUAUUACUUAUUUUUAAUUCAAUUGACAGUAUUUUUUAAUAUUUUCAGUUUUUUAACUAGCUUUGUAUAUGCUUAUGUAUAAUUCGUACAAUAAUAGAAUCAUCAAUCCUCAAAAAACAAAGUCUGAUUUUCAAAUGGUAAUAUUUCCGUCCAGUUUUUUUUUUUUUCUUUUUUUUCUAUUGGAAACAGAUUUACCUUUUCUUGGCCUUAUAAUUCCACUAACUGAUUAAAAUGUAAAAGUGAUAAUGCUGUGCCUUUUAUAUUUAAGUCAUUCCAUAAAAGCAUUAUGUUUUGAGACUGAUUUAAAAAAAUGUUAAUUUUUUUUCUUCAUAAACAAUAAUUUUAUUUCAAUGUUAUCUAAUAAGUAUAUGAUUUAUUAUACAUAUAUAUUGAGAAAAAAAAUGGGUUAAUGAUGUACACUAGGAAGCGGGGUUUGUGCUCCUCGGGUACUGCAGCCUUCUGGCUAAAUGUACCUUAGAAAACAAGUUUAGAUGUAAAAAAAAAGUUACUGUGUUUAUGCUUAAUAAUUUUAAAUAUAAACAAAGCAUCGGCUGAAAAUUCAAGUAUUAUGUAAACAAUUAAGGUUGAUGUUAGCUAAUAAAGCUUAUCAAAUGUUAUAUAAAGGACUAAGUUUAAUUUUAAAAUAAUAAACAAUUUCAA